GUUUGUUUGGUUCCCGGCGUCGUGGAGGGAAAAGGUUCCGAUCACCUGGUACUAAAGAACGUCUCUGCUGGUACUGAUCAUCUGGUACUGAUCAUCUGGUUCCACCAGACACCGAUGAGGAGAUCGUUUCAACCUUUUUGGAAUCAGGGUUUGUAAAAUGUCACAAGUGUGUUGACUGGUGUCCUGCACACCGGAGCAGCAGCGGACCUCACAGAGGAGAUGGCUCUGACUCCGUUCGCAGUGACUCCAGCUGCCAGCCUGCUGUCCAGAUGUGUCUCUGUGGGAGCUGCAGACCAGGAGGAAAUAGACUCUGCCUUCUCAGAGCCAAGUCCCGCCUUCUCUUCUCAUCUGUGGGCGGUUGAAGAGCGAAUCAGGACGCAGAAACGGCUCCAUGAGUUGCAGCUCCAGCUGGAGCUGCUGAAGGUUGAGGAGCAGAGCGCCGACGUCACCAACGCCUUCCACCUCGGUCAGAAGGACCAGAAGCUGCAGAUUUUGGGUGGUCACCUCCUGAACCUCUUGAAGGAGCAGAGGAGUAUUAGACAGAGACUGAUGAGGCCGUUGGCUCGCACCAACCUUCCUGUCCCAUCUCACGCACACAGGUCCGUGGUGAACUCCUUCAGGCUCAUGGUGGACUUCAUCGGGUGCCUUGAGGAGAAGCUAAGCUGCGCCCACAACCAGAGCUCAACUAAGGACUGCCUCACUCUGCUGGACACGUCGGCUACGCUGCUGCUCAUGCUGGCGAAAGAGACGGAGACUCUGUCCACCAGGAUCCUGCAGUGGAGGACGCUGGACGGCAGUCACGUGACCUCUGAUACGCACCGUCCUCACCCUCCUCCUGCUGCUGCACCUGGAGAUGGAUUCUGACCCGGACUUACGUCACAUCCCACAAUCGCUUUGAUUUGUUUGGGUUUUUUUUCUGGUUGCAAAAACUUCCUGAUCCAACCACUUAGUCCAUUUUUAAAGAUGUUGAAGCUGAAUAAAUGAUCUUGAUUAUUGGCA